GUCCAAAUUGUUCCUAUCAUCUGAUUCCUAAUUAUUGAAGUCCUGACUCCUGAGAGCCGCGCAAGGGAGAAGUGCCACUUUGAUGAAUUAAUUGUUAGAGCUUUUGUUGGCAUGGCAUUGGCAUGGCCUUCAACUUCAUCGCUUCCAGAACCACCGGAAUCUCACUGUUCCUACUCGCCGCCGUCGUUUUCCUCCUCCUCCGCCAGCCCGCCUCUUCCUCGAACCGCCUUUUGCUCGCUGCUCACAGGUCACUCCUCGACUCCUCCCUACCCGCCUGCAGAUUCUUCAGUGACGGAUCCGAUGGACUGCUUCACUACUCCUCCUUCCAUUCCUGCCUCUUCCGCCAAAAUCCAUUCUUCUCCGUCCCAUUUCUCGGGCUCUUCGUGUUCCUUUACUUCUACAUCCUCAUCGCUACGGCGCAGGUCCACUUCUCCGUCGUCGUCACCAAGCUCGUCGCUCAUCUCCGAUUGUCUCCGUCCAUGGGUGCGGUGACGCUAUUGGCGCUCGGUAAUGGGGCCCCGGACGUGUUCGCUUCCGUUGCUGCCGUCAGGGGAGGCCAUCCGAAAACUGGAUUUGGGGCGAUCCUAUCUGCAGGGACCUUCGUGUCCGCUUUUGUGGUGGGGUUCGUAUCGAUCUAUGCGGCGCCAUUUUCAGUAGAUCCAGCUCCGUUUGUGAGGGAUGUGAUGUUUUAUUUGACAGCUGCAACCUUCCUGUUCUACGUGUACUUGAGUGCUGAGAUUUUCCUCUGGCAGGCCGUCGGAUUUGUGGGGUUUUAUCUCUUCUUUGUGGUGAUGGUGUUUUGGAUGGAUUUGGCAGAUGGAAAUAGGAGAGUGAAGCGAGUUAGCGAUGGAACUGAGAUGGGUUUGCUUGGAAAUGGUAAGACUCGCAAGGGGACCUCUGAGAUGGACUGUGAAAAUGGAAAGCUUUUAAGCACCUCUGUAGAUAUAAAGAAUCCCAGCUCCAAGUUAAGGCUUGCCUAUGACAAGAAUCAUAUAUUGUACGUAUUGCAGGUAUGGGAACUUCCAGUCUCCGUUCUCCUGAAACUUACAAUCCCUCAGACAUCACCUACAGAGUGGAGCAGAUUUUAUCAGUCUGCCAACAUAGUUUUUUGUCCCUUGGCCCUUUUGUUCUCAUGCAGAUCAUUUAUGCCCUUAAAUCACCCAGUUGUAUUUCUUCUUCCAAACACCCACUUUCCUCUUUGGUAUAUAGUACUCUGUGGGAGCUCAUCUCUAGGGCUUCUUCACUACGUUGUUGAAAAGGAGCCUCCAAACUCUGAGCAACUGCCCACUGUGCUUGUUGCAUUCGUAAUGAGUGUAUUCUGGAUAUCAACAGCAGCAGGAGAGCUCCUCAACUGCCUUGCAGCUCUCGGAGCGCUUCUGAAACUGCCACCUGCUCUUCUUGGUUUAACAGUGCUUGCAUGGGGGAAUUCAGUGGGUGAUCUUGUUGCAGACGUUGCCGUUGCAAAGGCAGGUCAGCCUGCAAUGGCCAUGGCGGGAUGCUUCGCGGGCCCCAUGUUCAACAUGCUUUUUGGGCUUGGAACCGCUCUUGUUAUACAGACAGGGAAAGUUUAUCCAGAUGCAUACGAGCUGCGUUUCCAUGUGAGUAUCGUUGUGGCCUUUGUUUUCUUGCUCUUAAGCUUGAUGGGAUCAUUGCUUGUAGUAACUUGGAACAGGUUUCAAGUGCCCAGAUUCUGGGGUUUCUGUCUCGUCGGACUUUACACACUAUUCGUGCUAGUAAGUUUGGUCAUUGCAAAGUUUCCUGCGUAAUCUUAGCCAGAUGGGAACGAGAUAUCACAUUCUUUUACUGCAUUUCUUUUGUGUAUAUAUGGAAGCCUCUCAAUAUUUUAGGGUGUUGGCUUUUCAAAAAAUUACUAUGAGGUGACGCCAAUUUUCUCGUAAAGACUCGUAGGUCCUCCUAUUUUUUAAUAACUCAUAGCAGGUCCCUAAAUUUAAUUGUAAAGGCCUGGAAGGCACUUUCUCAUGCCGGCUUCUAUGUUCCGGCAAGCACUUAGAUCCAAUUUUCUUAAAUAAAAUAUAUUCUCCCUUAUGCCCUUAACAAACAAUAGUACUUGCAGUCUCCAUUUUCCAGCACGGAUCAAAAGAAGCAAAUGCAAGUAACUGCACUAGGGUUUGGUAUUGGUCAUGUUCAUAGGGAGUAGAAGGCUCAAUUUGUUUUGUUAACAUGUGGGCUAUUUGAUUUGUUAAUCAACUUUUAGCUUAGCUAGUUUAAUUACACCUCUUUUGAAAAAAGAUAAAUUAGAAAGCAAAGAAAAAUAGAUUCAUGCUCGGAUCUGAAAUUGUUCAAUCUCUUUUGAGGUUCUUCUUUAGUAUUAUGGUGACGAAUCACGAUUUCACAAAAUUUAACCAUGGCAUUUCGGGCAGUUUGAUAUAGGUACCGGAAAGUGUCUUCCAAGUCUUUACAAAUAAAUGUAAGGCCCCAUGGUGACUUUUCAAAAAUUGAAGGACCUGCAAGUCUUUACGAAUAAACUGAUGUCACCUCUUAGUAAUUUUUUGUUGGCUUUUCCAUAGUCUCAUACAUUGUACUCCUACUUUUCGUGUUAAUAAUUUUUGUUACAGCUAAAAUUCAACCAUAUUUACCUUCUGU